AUGAACUCGAGGCCACUCAUUUGGGAGUGCACAAAUCUCGUGGUCGCUGGCGUAAAUGUAACGAUAUCAAGCGUCCGGCGAGAGGGGCCAUCGUACCCUAUUCUAAUACUUCAUGGCUUUGGGAGUACAAAGGAGGACUUUGUCGAUAUCUCGUUGGUCAAAGCCUUUUCCGGUGCUUCUUUUAUCAUCUACGAUACCCCAGGGAGUGGGCAAUCUACCAGCCAGAGACUCGAUCAACUGUCCAUUCCAUUCCUCGUCGAAUUGGCAGAGGAGUUCCUGAAAAGCCGCGGAAUAGAGAAAUUCCACCUGAUCGGCCAUUCGAUGGGUGGACUCACGGCAUUGAAGCUGGCCCAGAGACACCCAGAUGCCGUGCUCAGCUUCGUCAACAUCAAAGGGAAUCUAGCGCCAGAAGACUGCUUUCUCAGUCGCCAAGUACUCGAUCAUCCGUCCGACAACCCACAGACUUUCUUCCGCCAAUUUGUGGAACGUACGCGAAAGUCGCAAGAAUUCGGAAACGCCAUUUAUGCCGCCGCUUUACAAGCCAAAGUGAAACCAGAGGUUGUGCGACCAACAUUUGAAUCAAUGGUUCGCUUAUCAGACACCGAAGACUUAUUGGACAUCUUCAUAUCCUUACCCUGCCCCAAGAUGUUCAUGUAUGGAGAGCAGUACAACACCUUGUCUUACCUGAGUGGACUCUCUAGAGCCGGUGUCGAGUUGGCGGAGAUCCCUCAUGCCGCGCACUUUAUCAUGUACUCAAACCCUGUAGAAAUGUGGCGAAGGAUUGCAUCAUUUCACGCAAAGGGAUCAUGA